GCAUAGCAAGAGCUGUAGCUGCAGGAGAGAGCGUUGAAGCUGCUCCAAGUUCUGCAGCGGAAGCGCUGAUUGCCCCGCGCCAUGACGUUUCCUGCCUUUGCUUCUCUUCUCCCCAUUGCCACACACGACGAGUAUCUUUUACUUCCCGGCGCUGUCUUCACGGUCAUUGCGCUGAUUCCCUGGAAUCUGGAUCUGCUCGGCUCGAUUUUGGUUUCUCUUUCGUCAGUCUGGAGUAACACUGUCCUCUCGUUUUCGUCCAUUCUUUCCUUCAUUCCUCGAUAGAGACAGCUGGGCCACCAUGAUUUCCGGUAGCCUCGUUCGAUCAGAAUCGGGCAAUAAGAACUACUUUGCCAGUUCCGAUGAUUCAAGAAUAUGUGUCGUCAUGGUUGGUCUGCCCGCCCGGGGCAAGAGCCUCAUUUCCGGAAAGGCAAUGCGGUAUUUGGCAUGGGUUGGCAUUCCUGCCCGGGUAUUCAACGUAGGCACUUAUCGUCGUCAAGACACUCCUCAUCCGAACGCUGCCUUCUUUGACCCUGCCAACAAAGAGGGCGAGAAAGCAAGAAGGGCUGCAGCGGAGGCGGCGGUGUCCGAUAUGCUUCGCUGGUUUAAGGAGAAAAAUGGCACUGUCGCUAUACUUGAUGCCACCAACUCCACCAAGGCGCGGCGACGCUGGAUCUACGAAACUUGCAAAAAUGCAGGCAUUGACACUUUAUUUGUCGAAUCGGUUUGCGACAACGAGGAAAUCAUUAUGCACAAUAUUCUUGAGGUGAAAACCACCUCACCCGACUAUGUAGGACUAGACCCUGAGGUCGCUGCACAAGAUUUCCGCAAUCGUAUUCGCAACUAUGAAAAGGUCUAUGAGACCAUCGAUGAAGAUGAGAAGCAGUACACAUAUGUCAAGCUUAUCAAUGUCAGCUCUACCGUCAUUAUCAACCAGAUCAAGGACUACUUGUCGAGCAGACUAGUAUACUAUCUUCAGAAUCUUCACAUCAAACCCCGUUCGAUAUGGCUCUCUCGGCAUGGGGAGUCCGAAUUUAACCUAACGGGCAAGAUAGGAGGUGACUCGAACCUUUCACCCCGUGGUGAAGCUUAUGCUCGUGCUCUUCCUGCACUUCUCAAGCAAUCUGGUAUCCCUAAGAAUGCCAAGAUCACAAUCUGGACUUCCACGCUCAAGCGCACGAUUCAGACCGCUCGUCAUUUGGCUGCCGAAACAGGUUACGAGAAGCUUGAGUGGAAGGCUCUUGACGAGCUCGAUUCUGGCGUCUGUGACUCAUUGACCUACGAGCAAAUUGCGGAGAGAUACCCUGAGGACUUUGCUGCCCGCGAUGAAGACAAGUACAAUUACCGCUAUCGUGGGGGGGAGUCUUACCGCGAUGUCGUUAUCCGCCUCGAGCCCAUUAUUAUGGAAUUGGAACGCAGCGAAAACGUAAUCAUUGUCACGCAUCAAGCCGUCUUGCGCUGCAUUUAUGCAUAUUUCCUCAAUCUUCCCCAGGACCAGAGCCCGUGGAUGCAAGUGCCCCUCCAUACGCUCAUGAAACUUACGCCUCGCGCCUAUGGUACUGAAGAGCAGCGAUACAAGGCGAAUAUCCCAGCAGUAUCUACCUGGCGUGCUAAGGGUACGUCUGCAAAGCAUCAGGAGUAUCCCGCAGGUCUGAAAUAAUGGAAUGGCGACGGUUGUAACCUAGCCCAUUUAGCGACUUUUUCAAACACGACGUCGUACGGCGGGCAAUUGGCCACCGACUGCUACAUGACUCUAGUUCAUAACCUCUCUUUUAAUCCUAACGCUCGUGCAUGAAUACCCACCCCUGCCAGUUGCCUUGUAUCUUUUCUUGUGAAGACCCCUUGCCAUGUACGAUCCUCAGUGGCUGACGUUUUGGGGCUGAUCCGCCCAGUCUCUAUUCCCUUCAUGGUACAUCUUCCGAUUCUUCAUUCGGAAUAAGUCAGUCUUAUUAUUACGGAUUGGCCAAGGUUAGCGUUUAAUAUCAGCCAGCUCAAUCUCUCACAUACGCAUAUGCAUCUUACGAUCACUGAUUCAGCUGUGGGCUGAAAUGGUUCUGUUUUCUGUACGCCCUGCGGUCUAUGACAACAACUCUUGUACAGCCUGUGAAGAAAUUUUCCAUCUUAGAGCAGGCUCAGUGCCUCUCUAGAGUUCUCUACUCGUCCCAUUGUCAUCAAUGUAUGCAUGAAAACUGGUGCUCAGUUGGGACAGUGACUUCUUUGGAGGAGUUUUCAGGGAUUAACGACUGUUUCACUUUUGAUUCCCCAAGUCUUGCCUUGUUCAUUGUUAGUAAACAGCAAUAGGCUAGUAUGAAUAUGAAUAUGAUGUGAAUCUGGCG